CGUGAUUGUGUUUAGCAGGUAAAUAUUUUUAUUGAGUUUGAAAACCAUGUGGAUUCAUUUACUGGUACCGGUGAUAUUUCAGACGAAAUUCGGUAUGUAGACAAAAGUACAUGGCGUCAGUCAGAGUAGCAGACUACUACGCUGGCAAGGCGGUAUUCGUCACGGGGGGCACGGGGUUUAUGGGUAAAGUUCUGGUGGAGAAGCUUUUGAGGUGCUGUCCUGAUGUUAAGGUUAUAUACCUGCUAAUGCGGCCGAAGAGGGGAUUGGGCGUCAAUAGUAGAUUGCAGGAGUAUAUUAAUGGAAAGGUGUUCGACAAACUGCGAGAGGUAUCCCCAAAAGCGUUCGACAAGUUACGUCCAGUGGCCGGUGACAUAGAAUCUCAAGAUCUUGGCAUUUCACCGCACGAUAGAGAAGAAUUACAUAGAGAAUGCCAAAUUGUGUUUCACAUAGCGGCCAGUGUGAGAUUUGAUACGUUUAUACGAGAUGCCGUCAAUCUAAAUAUAGCUGGAACACAGAGAACCUUGCAGCUCGCUGAAGGGAUGAAAAAACUAGAGGUGUUCCUCCACACAUCGACAUCUUACUGUCGAUCUGAUAUAGAAAUUUUGGAAGAAAAGCUAUAUCCUGCCAAACACGAUCCGCUCAAAUUGAUGGAUUGUAUCAAGUGGAUGGAUGAUGACCUACUCAUGCAUAUGCAGCCUAAAUUAAUAUACCCAGAGCCAAAUACAUACGGUUACACGAAAUGUUUAACUGAACAACUGGUUGCGGGUUAUAAUGGCAAGUUCCCGAUUGUGCUGGCAAGGCCUUCUAUUGUGACAGCAUCGUUAAAAGAACCCUUUCCGGGAUGGAUUGACAACUUGAAUGGUCCUACUGGAAUUAUUGUUGGAGCGGGAAAAGGUGUAAUCAGAACUAUGUACUGUGAUGAAACAAGGCGCGCGGACACCGUCCCAGUCGACGUCACUAUAAACGCAUGCAUUCUUCUCGCGUAUUUGAACGGCUUGGAACAGAAAAAGGACAUAGUAGUGUGCAAUAUAACUCGGUCGGAUUGUGAUCCGCUCACUUGGGGAGAAGCGUUGGAAUAUGGUAAAAAAAUAAUCAACGAAUAUCCAUUCUCAGUAAUGCUAUGGUACCCUGAGGGAUCACCGACCAAGUCGAAAAUACAAUUCCAAAUUGAAUCUUUCUUCAUACAUUUCAUACCAGCGUUGUUUAUUGAUUUACUACUACGAGUCCUGGGGCAUAAACCUUUCCUAGUAAAGCUACAGAAGAGAAUCACAUUCGGCCUUGAAGUAUUAGAACACUAUGCGAAUAGAACAUGGUGUUUCAAGAAUGGAUACUUCCUCUCUUUGAAAGAGAGGAUCUCUAAGGAAGAUGACGAAAUAUUCUUUACGGAUAUAAAAAAUAUGAACUGGCCGAACUACUUGAAGAAUUACAUAUUAGGGGCAAGAGAAAUCUGCUUGAAGGACGACUUUUCCACUCUGCCCAGAGCGAGGAGAUUAAACAACCAAUUAAAAAUUGCGCACUACACGAUCAAGACUCUGCUUUAUAUAUUUCUUUUUUACUCAAUUUAUUAUCUGUAUAAAGUUAUGUUUAAAGUUUACGCUUAGAAAUACUUUAUUGUAAAAAUAAUAUAAAAUAGUUUUAAGCUUGAAUGAGACCAACUUGUUUUUAAUUUCAGUUCCAUCAAUACCAAUUUAUC